GUGGGCAGCUUCUGUCAGAGGCUGGAGGAUUGUGAAAGGGUGGAGUUCAAUCAGUCCAACACAUCAGUGAAGCGAAUUAAGAAUCGCUGUCAGCUCGUUCCUCACAUAUCCCAUCAUGCCCACGGCGUUCAGGUCCUGUUAUGUGCUCGGCGGCGUCAUAUUGGCGUACUUCGUUUAUUUGCUGUUGGGAGCGCUGGCUUUCUCUGCAUUUGAGCAGCCCGCCGAGGCAGCACUGAAGUCAGACCUGAGCUCCCUGAAAGCGGAGUUCCUCAACCUGAGCUGCAUCAACGCCACGGCUUUGGAAUUUUUCUUGGAGAAGGUUUUAAGAGCGAAUAAAUACGGCGUGUCGGUCCUUGAAAACGCCCGUACAAACUGGGAUUGGGCGUCUUCGCUGUUCUUCGCGAACACGAUAGUCACGACAGUGGGAUACGGCUACACUACGCCGCUCUCUGAUGAGGGUAAAGCUUUCUCCAUCGUGUAUGCUGUGAUCGGAGUGCCCUUCACCAUGCUAGUGCUCACAGCCUGUGUCCAGCGCCUCAUGCACCCUCUGACCUACGGGCCGAUCUCCAUGUGCCAGCGGAGGGCAGGCCUGCAGCCACGCACCGCCAGCGUGGUGCACUUCAUCGUACUUCUGUUUCUGGUGGUGCUCGGCUUCUUUGUGUUGCCUGCACUGGCGUUCAGCGCCAUAGAAGAAACCUGGUCUUUCUUAGAUGCCUUCUACUUUUGUUUCCUCUCCCUCUGCACUAUAGGACUGGGGGACUUUGUCCCGGCAGAAAAGCCAGGACAGAGACUAAGAGCUUUGUACAAGAUCUCAGUCAUGGUCUACCUGUUUGUGGGUUUGAUGGCCAUGUUCCUGGUCCUUCGUGCUUUCCACAAGCUUGCAGAUGUGCACGGCUGGACUGCUUUCCUCCAGCUGCCGAGCUGCGAGGAGGAGGAUGAGGAUAAAGGGCCAAUAAUAGAGCGAGAGCCUGAUGAUUUAUCGCCCGAGGCUGAGAAGGCCUCAAUUAAGCCUCUGGAUCCCAGUUCUCAAGUGUCCUACAACUCCAUCAAUAGAUAAAACAGCAGUCUGCUCCACAUUCUGAUGAGGGCACUUACUUUCACAGUGUCCUGCACUUGUAAAUUGUCUGGACAUGUAACACCAACACGUCAAGACAAUCAAGUAUGAAGAUACAGCAAUACAGUACACCUCACUCGCUUCUGAUGCUUUAUAGAAGCAAAGCAUCUGGGAAGAACAUUUUCAUGAACCAAUGCCGUUUGUUUUCUGUUGAGUUGCCAGAUCUGAUCUUUAAGACUAUAGGAAUAUUGACAUCGCUCUAGGAAAUUGAAAACUUGCUCAUUGUGUCCCAAGUGUGAAUCUUCUUUAGUGUUAUUUUGUGUAGGAUUCAUAACUGAUGACUUUUUUUGUUGCAUGGCCUAAGACCACUCUGGACCACAGAAACAGGAAGAGAAUGCUGCUGCUUGCCACUCAUCCAGUACUGUUCUCUGUGUGUGUGUGUGUGUGUGUGUGUGUGUGUGUGUGUGUGUGUGCGUGUGUGAAAUGAAUUGAAUCACUGUUUUCAGAGCUAAUUAAUGGUGGUUCUUUAUGUCCAGGCAUGUGGAGGACUUCAGAUGCACUUUAUAAUUGGCUUUUUAUUUAGGUUUGUGCAGCCAAUGGUCGUGCUGAACACAAUCUUUUUGUCUUUAUCAUAGUACUGUAUGUUCAUUGAAUAUUCUUUGUAUUAUUGCAAUUGUAUUUUCAAUGUUGGAUUGUAGGGAAGAAAAAGGUGCCUGAUAUUCACUGUCAGAAGAACAAAUGGUGUUUUAAGAAAUGCAUGCACAGAAAAAUAAAAUAAAUUUUGGUA